AUGUUUGCACCACAAGAACUUGACCAAGCCAAGUGCAUGAAGAUGUGCCUUGUUCACGACAUUGCGGAAUCUGUCGUGGGAGAUAUUACCCCUUUCAGCGGCGUCUCUAGGACUGAAAAGGGUAGAAGAGAGGCCUCGACCAUCGCGUACAUUGCCAAUCGAUGGUCUGGACCAUACACUGCUGAGAUUGAAAAGCUCUGGCAUGAAUUCGAAGCUGGUGAAACCCCAGAGGCUCAGUUUGCCCAGGACAUUGACAAAAUCGAGCUCCUUCUACAAGCAGUUGAGUACGAAAGGGAGAGCAAGAAUGAAAAAGAUCUGGGUGAGUUCAUGGGAGUUGCCCGAAAGUUACGAACUGGGGCUGGAAAGGCAUGGGCAAAUGAAAUACUGGGGGAUAGGGAGAGGUUUUGGGAGGGCCGACAACACUUGAGGGGAGAACAUGCCCAACAAGGAGGGCUCUCUGAAGAGAUGACAAAGGCUCAUGAUGCAUAUUAUGGAUAG